CAACUUUAACUUUCAGGUUUCAGGAGGAGGGUUUAAACAGAGGCGAGUGGGGCUCAAGCUGAGAGACACUGCGGCCCGGGACCCUGCUCUGGGGCGCUGACAGGAGCGAGAAGUCGAGGGGAGCCCAGAGAUGGCGUUGGGCAGCGCCUUCCCGCUGGACGCAGCCACUUUACUGAUCCUCGGUGCCCUCUCCCUCUUGCUCCUCCUUUACUUUCGCCGUGGCUCUAAGUGCCAUGGAGCGCUCAACCUGCUCCCGGGACCCCCUUGUCUGCCCAUCAUCGGUCACCUGCACCUGCUGGAUCUGAAGAAGCCACACGAGAGUCUCAUGGAGUUAUCUGAGCAGUAUGGACCUGUCUUCACCAUUCAGCUGGGACUGGAAAAAGUGGUGGUCCUGACGGGAUACAAAGCAGUGAAGGAGGCUCUGGUGGAUCAGGCGGAUGACUUUGCAGAGAGAGCAAAGGUCCCCGUGUUGGAAAUGCAGGCAAACGGUUACGGAAUUUCUUUUGGACAUGGAGAGUCAUGGAAACAAAUGCGAAGAUUUACUUUAAUGACAUUACGCAAUUUUGGCAUGGGCAAGAAAACGAUCGAAGAUAAGAUUACUGAGGAGGCCAAAUAUCUGGUGCAAGAAAUCGAAUCUCACCAAGAUAAACCCUUUGAUGCCUCCGUGCCUUUUACCUCUGCCAUGGCCAACAUUAUCUGCUCGAUAGUUUUUGGAGAACGAUUUGACUACAGGGAUGAAGUAUUUCUCACCAUAACAAAACUGAUUCGUGAAAAUUUUAAUCUGCUUGGAUCUUCCAGAGUCCAGAUGUACAACGCGUUUCCUUUCCUUGGCUUUCUACCGGGCACGCACAAGAAAAUCUUUCAAAAUCGAACACAAAUGGUUCAGCUCAUCCUGAAUUUCUACGAAGAGCAUCAGAAAACUCUGAAUGAGAAUGAUGUCGGAAGCUUGAUUGAUGCUUUCUUGGUAAAACGAGAAGAGGAAUCAAAUAAUUUGGAUUCCUAUUUCCAUGACAAUAAUUUGGUGACUUCAGUAACCAACCUAUUUGCUGCAGGAACUGACACCUCCUCCUCCACACUGCGCUGGGCUAUCCUUCUGAUGAUGAAGUACCCAGAAAUUCAAAGAAAUGUGCACGAGGAAAUUAAUAGAGUUAUUGGAACAGAGGUAGCGCCCGGAAUGGUAGAUCGGAAGGGAAUGCCGUACACUGAUGCCGUGAUACAUGAGGUCCAGAGAUUUGCCAACAUCCUCCCAAUGAACAUUCCACAUGCAACAACCAAGGAUACUCACUUCAGGGAGUUUUUCAUUCCAAAGGGAAUGCAAGUGAUCCCCCUGCUCUCCUCUGUCCUCCAUGAUAAAACUCAAUGGGAAACACCAAAUGACUUCAACCCUUCUCACUUCCUGGAUGCUGAGGGGAGGUUUGUGAAGAGGGAUGCCUUCAUGCCUUUCUCUGCAGGUCGACGGAUCUGCAUUGGGGAAAGCCUGGCCAAGAUGGAGCUGUUCCUCUUUUUCACGACCUUGAUGCAGAAAUUCUCCUUCCAAGCUCUGCCGGGAAUCUGCUUGGACCUCACCCCGUUGGUUGGUCUUACCCUGUGCCCAAAGCCUCACUUAGUUUGUGCUGCACUCCGCUAGCUAACACGCCUCAGGGAAAGGUGGAUGGAUACACAGCAGGAACAGAGUCUCCUGGAGAGGCUUAGAGGCAUUCACCUUUAGCUUCUUUGAACACUUUCACUUAUUAAUUAUAGAAGUAUCAUCAAUGAAAUAGACCAAUUGUUGGAGGUGGGAGUUUACGCCAUUAACCCUUCAGAAAUCUUCCCAGACUCUGUGGUGAUGGGAAACUUGGGAGAAACUAGGACUCUGUGGUCCAGUGGACUCUAUAUUUCCAUGAUUUAGUUUAGUUUAGUUUAGUUCAGUUUAGUUCAGUUUAGUUUCAUUACGUGUACUGAAGUACAGUGAAAAGCUUUUUUUGUAGCGUGAUGUCGUCAGCAGAAAGACUACACACGGCUACAAUCAAGGCAUCCACAGUGUACAGUUACAGGAUAAAAGGAAUAAUGUUCAGUGCAAGAUAAAGUCCAGCAAAGUCCGAUUAAAGGUAGUACAAAGGUCUCAAAUGAGGUACUGUAGAUGGCAGGUCCGGACCACUCCCUAGUUGGUGAUAGGCAGGGACAAUUAAUGAUCACCUUGCCAACAACACGAAUUUAAAGUAAAAUGAACAUUAUCCAGUGUUGUUCAUAGCCCUAUGAUGUAACACAAAUAAAGUGACUGGGAAACAUGUGAGGACAUGUAUCACUGACCUGCAACUUUAAAAAUGAAUUGAAUCACAACAUCUAAUUAUCUGUAUCAAUCCUAUUUAGGCUAAUAACUGCACGAUUUUGACAUGUAGAAGACAUCUAUAUAAUUAAAAUUGUCAUCUUGACCACUUCCUGUCUGCGCUCUAUAUUGAUUUUAGA